AUGGUAAAACCAAAAAUAAAAGCAUCAAAUUGGAGGCAUGAUGAUUUUAUUAAAAAAAUUUCAGCAAAACAAAAAUAUUCUUCUAUACUUAAUAAUAAAGAUAAUGUUGAUUUAUCAUUGCUCAAACAACAACAACAACUAGUUCCUAAAACAAUGUCAGAUUCUUGUGUUGAAAAAUUCUUGCCACUCAAAAGUGAUGUUGAAUUGUUAGAAGAUUAUAUUAGUCCAUAUGGUGGAAUUAGAUUGGGAAAAAUAUUUGAAAAUUUGGAUCUUUUAGCUGGUGCAAGUGCUUAUAAACAUUGUGAAAUUGACAAAAGUAAUUUAGCACCUUUUUUAAUAGUUACAGCAUCUGUUGAUAGAUUGGAUUUGUUAAUUAAACACUUGAAAAUCAAUGAUCUAAGAUUAAUUGGGCACGUAACUUAUGUUGGAUAUAGUUCAAUGGAAGUUUUGAUUAAAAUGGAAUCGCUUAAAGAUGGUGUAAUGCAAAAAAUAGAAACAAAUCCUGAGUACAUAUUUAACGAAAAUCAAGAUAAACUUGAAAUGAUCAUGAUAGCAAGAUUUACAAUGGUAGCAAAAGAUCCAAAGACAGGUCAAGCGGCUCGAGUCAAUCCAUUACAAUUAGAAAAUGAAAAACAAAAAAGACUAUUUCAAAUGGGAAAAGCUCGUAAAAUCGAAUCAGCUGCCAAAUCUCUUAAUAAAUUACCACCAACAGAAGAUGAAAGAUUAUUAAUACACGAUUUGUACCUUGAAUAUAGGAAAUAUGCGGAAAAGAAACCUGAUGAUAUUAUAUGGAUGGAUGAAACAAUUAUGGAAUCUGUUGUUCUCAUGCAGCCACAAUAUAGAAACAUUCAUGGUUUUAUAUUUGGUGGUUAUUUGAUGAAAUUAGCUUAUGAGUUAGCAUUUUCAAAUGCUUCAGUAUUCUUAAGAAAUAGACCAGUUUUUUUAGCAUUGGAUGAAAUUUCAUUUAGAAAACCUGUACUAAUUGGCUCAGUUUUAAGCUUGUCAUCUCAAAUUGUGUAUUCACCUGGCACACCACAUCAAAGUUUUCAAGUUGCAGUUACAGCAGAUGUUUUAGAUAUUGAAAAAGAAAAAAGAGACACAACAAAUAUAUUUCAUUUUACUUUUACAUCAUAUGAUAUUAUUAAUGUUAGAAGAGUUAUACCAAAUACAUAUGGAGACUUGAUGAAAUUUCUUGAAGUUUAUGCCUUUUUUUCCAAUCAUAAUUGA